AUGUUCAACAGAUUACCAAAACUGACUGCGAAUAGAAAUCACCAUGACGAUACGGCCAAUUUAGCAGGUCACUCUCAAGAUUUGCCCAACUUGGAGAAGGCAACACGAAAUAGGACAUCACGAGCCUUUCAAUUCAUUUAUGGCAUGCAGCAAUUUCUUUAUUUGGUGGCCAUUUUUAUGCUGUUACCUCUCCUGAUCUAUGCUGGCCUUAAGUUAUUCUUUGCAAGGACUUUUCAAGAUGUGAAUGCAGACAUUGGCUCGGCCAUAGGCACAAUUGUUGCUGUACACAUCCUUGUCAUUGUGUAUAUAAUACGUCUGGAAUUCCAGCGGGAGGAGAAGCUACAGAUAUGGAGUGAAUGGAAUAUAUCAGCGUAUCAAUUGAUAUCCAAUAAUGAUCAAAAACGUGGACCCAUUUUAAUUAUUCUUAUGCUGUUGUUUUACGGUUCGCUAAUUGUUCUAUUUCCAAUCUCUGUGUUCUUUGCCCUCAAGUUCAUUGUGCUAAAGAAUUUCUUUUUGAUCACCAAUAUGGAUAUAGAUAUUAUAUCGGUAAUUGGUACGGUUAUUGCGGUGCAUGCAGCUGCGGGUUUCUAUAUCUAUCGGGUCUAUUACUAUGGUGGAUCUGGCAAAACCAUGAUUAAGAAUAAUUAAAAAUAGCAAGCAGAUUCUUAAUUAUAAAUUUUCCACCUCAAGAACAACAACAAAACUAAAAUUCAAAAUAUUGCAAUAAUGUAUUUUCUAAUUGAAAAUGGAAAAUUACGUGUUAUAUGCAUUUUACUUAAGCCGGUUUGUCAUGCCCAAAUAAAUCUCGUAAACAAA